UCUCUAGUCUAGAAGGUUGCGUUUACAACUUCAUACCGGUAGUGCGACUGUUAGUAGUUGAGUAGUAGUACCACAGAAUUACUGUUCUGUGAGUAGUACGAAUGCGAACGUCAUUGUUGAAGCAUCCUUGAUUUUAGGACAAAAUUAAACGUUAAUGUAAUUGUGAUUAACGAAACGAUUUAGUAGUGGAGAACAUUCCAAAGUGUUUGGUGUAUAUUACCUAGUUUUCGUUUUGGGGGGUUUAGUUUUAAUAAAAUUAGAUAAAAGUUGUGUGAUCUAGAGUACGUUUUAUAAAUAAACAAGAGUCAAUAAAUUAUGGCAGAAGCACAUUCUGCCGUCGCAUUUUCGUUUACGGUAACUCACGAAGGUUGGGAUGUUAAUUUUGACAGAGAAGUUCUGAACCUCGUCUGGCAGUCAGGUUUAAGGUCGUGGAAAAAGCGUUUGGCUCGCUUUCAGAAUAGCAUACACAACGGAGUUUACCCCGGUCAUCUCUGGACGUUAUGGGUGCUAAUCAGCAUAACGGCGGGAAUUCAUUUCUCAGGUUUCAAAGUGCCUUACGACCUUGUGACGAAAAUUAUGCCGUACAUGCGAGGUCAAUCUCUAAUGUGGCAGUUGGUCGCGUGCGGUCUAGUAUCGUUAACGAUUUGGUUGUGUAUUAUAUUUACGCUACGUUACACUUUAAAGCUCUUGCUUAUGUACAAGGGAUGGAUGUACGAGGCCAGGGGUAAAAAUAGGCAAAUUUCUCGAGGCACGAAGUUGUGGCUCUCCGUUGUUAAAGUACUGAGUGGGUGGAACAAGCCAAAGCUUUACAGUUUUCAAGGGUCCCUACCAAGGCUACCAUUACCGUCGUUGCACGAUACCAUGACGCGGUAUCUGAGAAGCGUGCGUCCAUUAUUGGACGAUGCGAACUACAACAGAAUGGUCAAGUUAGCCGCCGACUUUGAAAACGGCAUUGGAAUCAAGUUGCAGCGCUAUCUAUGGUUGAAAUCCUGGUGGUCUACCAAUUACGUCUCCGAUUGGUGGGAAGAUUACGUGUACUUACGAGGCCGCUCGCCCCUAAUGAUUAACUCAAAUUUUUACGGAAUUGACGCUAUACUAACCUACCCGACCAAAAUCCAAGCGGCCCGCGCCGCCACCGCCAUCAACUCUUGCCUUAACUAUAGGAGAUUGGUGGAGCGACAAGAAUUGGAACCUAUACUAAUUCAAGGCCUAGUGCCACUCUGCUCGUGGCAGUACGAGCGAAUUUUUAAUACGGCCCGAAUACCGGGCGCCGAAAUCGAUAGGAUUCAGCAUUGGUCCGAUGCCAAUCACAUUGUUGUCUAUCACAAGGGGCGGUAUUUUAAGGUUAUUAUUUAUAAGGGAAGAAUCUUGCGUCCCAGCGAGAUCCAAGUGCAAAUCCAGCAAAUUUUAGAUGACAAAUCGCAACCGCUACCAGGAGAAGAAAAGCUUGCCGCGCUAACCGCGGGCGAUAGGGUGCACUGGGCCCACGCGCGAAGACACUUUUUCUCACGGGGCGUCAACAAGCUCUCGUUGGACACGAUCGAGAAGGCCGCCUUCGUCGUCGCGUUGGACGACGUGCCGUACGAAUACGAGCCGAGUCAGCCCGAUAAGUUGGAUCGCUUCGGGAAAAUUCUGCUUCACGGGAAGGGGUACGAUCGAUGGUUUGACAAGUCGUUUACGCUGUGUGUAGGCAGUAAUGGCCGGCUGGGUUUUAACUCGGAGCAUUCUUGGGGUGACGCGGCGGUGAUGUCCCAUGUUUGGGAACUUGUAGUGACCGACGAAACGCUUCUAAUUCGAUACGAUGAAAACGGUAACUGUAUCGGCAAACCCGAAAUUGAGCCCCCCGUGCCGUUACGUUUGCAGUGGGAAAUGAAAUCCGAAUGCCAAACCGCUAUUAAUAUGGCGGUAACGGCAGCACAAAAACUUAUCGACGACAUAGAUCUGCGCAUUUACGUUCACGAUCAUUACGGAAAAGGUUUUGUGAAAACGUGCAAGUUAAGUCCGGACGCUUAUCUCCAAAUGGCUUUACAGUUAGCCUACUAUAGAGACGCGGGCAAGUUUAGUUUGACCUACGAGGCAAGCAUGACGCGCUUAUUUAGAGAGGGAAGGACGGAAACUGUGAGACCGUGCACGGUCGAAUCGUCCGCUUGGGUUAAGGCGAUGGAAGACAAAAGCUUCUCAACGGAAGAGCGUGUUAAGCUGCUUCAAGUGGCCUGCAUGCAACAUCAGAUUGGGUAUCAAGACGCCAUGUGCGGCAAGGGAAUAGACAGGCACUUGUUUUGCUUGUACGUUGUUUCGAAAUACUUGGAGGUCGAUUCGCCAUUUUUAAAGGAGGUGCUGAGUGAACCAUGGAGAUUGUCGACUUCUCAGACUCCCCACGGACAAACCGGUCGUGUUGAUCCCAGGGAGCACCCUAAUUGUAUCUCGGCCGGUGGAGGAUUCGGUCCGGUUGCCGAUGACGGUUACGGAGUUUCUUACAUUGUGGCGGGCGAGGACAUCAUAUUCUUCCAUAUAUCGCAUAAAAAGAGUAGCAAGCAAACUGACUGCCACAGGUUCGCGCUAAACAUAGAAAGAGCUCUUGCCGAUAUGAAAAAAUUGUUUGAAGACUACAAAAUGAUGAAUGGCACAAAAUGAACCUGAUAGCAUUGUAGCGUAAUUUAUUAAAAAAAAGGAAACUGAGAAUGGCUGGGAUUGGUGUGCUGGUUCUUUGAUAGAGUAAGCCCAAAUAGUUAAAUGUAUCACAUAUCGGAACAUGAUUUAAUCGUUUUUGUUUUCAAGAAGUAACGCACAAAUAUGAAGUUAGUAUUAA